GUGUGAAUUCUGUGAUCUUAUCAAUAAAUUUGUAGUUAUAUCAUAAUGUUUUGUUGUAAAUUUCUUCUUACUUGAAGGGGCUAUGAUGAUGUGCCCAAGCAGAUGUCGCAAGGAGAUCCUGGAGGUCCUGAGUGCAGGCAACCGAUUUCCUUGCUGUUUUAUACUGCUUGUAUACAUUUUGAUAAUUCGUCAACAGCAAAAGCAAUGGUAUCUUCUUCUUCAUCAUCUUCAUCUUUUUCUUCAGACCCAAAACCAAACGUAUUGCAUGCACCAUCAUCCUUUAUUUUAUUUUGAUGAUGAAAACUGGGCAAUUCUGAGCCUUCUUUAUUCGUGUCUUUCUAUCAAUUGAUUUGCAUAAUUUUACUUAAAUGAUUCUUAAUUGGAUUUGCUUUGCGAUAACUGAAUCUACAUCGUUGCGUGAUACUUAUACAAAGGAGUCUGUGCCAGCUCUUCACAGGAUUCGGAAAGCUGAUGAUAACUUUCAUCACAUGAAAUUUUAAUGGCUUUAAAUUCAAUCAUCAUUUUUUUCAUCGCUUGCAGAAAGUAUCUUGUUGAGGCAACUGAAGAAGCAUCAAUUGCUUAUAAUAAAGCGGUAUGGUUUCUUUAUUUGAUAAGUUUGUCCUUGUAAGAUUUCAUGCAUUUUGGAGUCAUAUAAAUGCCAUAUGCUAAUUGCUUUAAUGCUUCCAUCCAAUUGACACAAGGGAAGCAGCUUAUACUUAUGAUCUCAAGGAAAAUUACAAGGAGUAAUCAUUCAAAAAUCUUGAAUUUUGGACCAUGUUCAUACCAUCUUAUGAAACUAAUUCAUCUUUAUUUCAUGUUGUACUAUUGAACAAGCUAUACCCUACCAAUAGAUGAUAUCCCUUAAUGGCCAUUGGAUCAGACCUAUUUAUGCUACUAAUUUUUGUCAUAUAGAGUCUACGAGCCACCUUUCGUUCUUUUACACACAAUAAACUCUAGGUCCAUUUCACAUUUCAUGCAACCUGUAAAGUGUAGGAAGGGUGUUAACUCUAAGGUUUUGUUUGGGACGACUUUCUUUCUGCUUCUUAUAACAGUUUUUUAAUACAAAAAUUAAAAAGCUGUUUUAUGAAACAGUAAAAAAGCCGUCCCAAACCAAGCCUAAGGCUUCGUUUGGGACGGCUUUCUUGAUGCUUAUUAUAGCAACUUUCUAGUAAAAAAUUAAAUUUUUUUACUAAAAAACUGCUUCAGGAAGCAUCGAGAAAGUCAUCCUAGAGGAAGCCUAAAUCAAAGUGUUCUAUUUUGACUUGAGUUGAAAGCUUGGAAGAUUAUAGUUUGUACUUUCAAUUAGAAAGAACGGCAAUUUUAGAGUUUGUUUGGUUUCAAGUGAGAGUAGGUUUAAUGCCAUUGAGCAACAUGGAUGGACUGUUGAUGGAAUCCUCAGCUGGCAACUGUUGUUGCUAUACAUUUACAAUUUUAGUUAAAAUAAAUAUUUAGAAUGGUGCACCUCUAAUGUUCUCUUAUUUCUGAGGUUUUUAUUUUUUUCAUUUGAUAGAUGCUUCGGUCAUGAUUUCAGAAGGCUGCAUGACUAAUACAACCUAUUUUCGAGGCUCUUGUCAUUGCAUUUGUUGUUUUGUUUCAGCUUGCAUAGCAUUCUGUCUGAUUUACAGAUGGAGAUCGGCGUAAUCCAGGCAAGCUUCCCACGGAUGUCCGUAUUGGUUGGGGGAUCAAGGGAUGGUUGGGAUUUUAACAUAUUGAAGGUUGAUAUUUACAGCAAUACAAUUUUUUGUUCAAAUCUGAAGAUAAGCUGUUGUAUUUAUCUGCACCAUCUAGUGGCACCACAAAAGAUGCUGUGGAAAUAUUGGGGCUAUGAUGAUGUGCCCAAGCAGAUGUCGCAAGGUGAUCCUGGAGGUCCUAAAUGCAGGCAACCGAUUUCCUUGCUGUUUCAUACUGCUUUUAUUCAUUUUGAUAAUUCGUCAACAGCAGGAACAACGCCUCCCGAAACAGACUUUUUCCGAAAAGAAGUUGGGCAGUUCAAAUUGAAAAAAAUUCCAAAUAUCUUUUGGGGCUAUGAUGAUAUGCCCAAGCAAAUGUCGCAAGGUGAUCCUGGAAGGCCUAAAUGCAGGCAACCGAUUUCAUUGCUGUUUCAUACUACUUGUAUUCAUUUUGAUAAUUCGUCAACAGCCGCAGCAACGGUAUCUUCAUCAUCAUCUUUUUCUUCUUCUUCUUCUUCUUCUUCUUCUUCUUUUUCUUCAGACCAAAAACCAAACGUAUUGCAUGCACUAUCAUCCUUUAUAUCAUUUUGCUGAUGAAAAAUGGGCAAUUCUUAGUCUCCUUUAUUGGAGUUUUUCGAUUAAUUGAUUUGCAUAUUCUGUACACUAUAACAUAUCAACUUACAAAUAUGAUUGUGUUAAACCUCAAUAUUUCUCUCA